CUAGGGUGAUCUGGGUUCUUUCUCUCCAGCUGAUUUUUACUGCUAAUUUCUGAAGAAGACUAGAAGAGGCAAGUGGAAACCAUGGAAAAUGAAAGAAAAAGAAUGGAGAUGGAGUUGGAUAGAAUUAGCAACUUACCAAGUGAUGUUACAGAAAAGAUAUUGUCACAUUUGCCGGUUAGGGAUGCUGUGAGGACGAGUGUUUUAUCAACUGAAUGGAGGUACAAAUCGGCUAUGCUACCACGUCUGGUGUUUGAUGCCAAGUCUAUCUCGACUCAGCACCAAACAUUUGCGAAUGUUGUUGAUCAUGUACUCUUAAGUCACAUCGGCCCCUUAUACAAGUUCAAGAUUGUUACACAUAUAUCCUUUAGAGAUAUGGAUCGGUGGAUACUUCACUUGUCAAGAAACUCCAUCAAAGAGUUCAUACUCGAAAACUUGGGAGUGCAGCGCUAUAAGGUGCCUUCAUCUAUGUUUUCAUGUCAAGAUUUGACUUAUCUAAAGUUGUACACAUGUUUGCUACAACCGCCGUCCACAUUCACAGGCUUCAAAAGUUUGAAAAGGCUAAGAAUUGCUGAUGUUAGCCUGACAGAUGAUGUGCUUGAAAAUAUGAUUGUUCACUGUCCUCUGCUAGAGCGGUUGUCUGUGGAGUGGUGUGAUGGUUUCAGCCAGCUCAAUAUCAAUGCACCAAAUCUCCAGGUUCUUCGCUUUAUGGGUGAUUUUGAGGAUAUUAAUAUAUUGAAUACCUCAAAUCUCGUUGAUGUUUACAUUUAUAAGCAAGAUGAGUUUGUCCAAAGACGGGGUCCUUGCAGAUAUUGUAAUCUGCUCAAGUUUUUUGCUGAACUUCCCAAUAUUCACCGUCUUGACAUGAACCACUUAUUUACAAAGUAUUUGGCUGUUGGCUCCUUGCCGGAAAAGCUGCCAAAACCAUGUGUACAUCUGCAGUUUCUUUCUGUAAGUGUCUGCAUUGAUGAUGUUAAGCAUAUUAUAACUUUUCUUUGCCUUCUGAGAAUGUCCCCUGCUUUGGAAGAAUUAGAAGUUUAUGCUUUGUGCCACCAAAAUUAUAAGGCCGAAGUGGGAAAAGUGAACUCUUGGGUUGAUGAAAACCAGAGUUGCUCGUUCACUCAGCUACGACAUGUGAAAAUACACUGCAACUUUGCUGUAGACUUGAUCAGAUUUCUGCUUAUAAGUUCACCUGCGCUCGAGACAAUGACGAUAUAUCAUCAGUCCACCAUUCCUCCUGCUGGUUAUGAUCUAGCAAAAAAGCUGCUCAGUUUUAGGCAUGCAUCACUGAAUUUAGAGAUAAUUCUAACUGAUCUAAGAGGGGGUAGUAUUUUGAUUUCAGAAAUGUGACUUUGGUACAACUGUCUAUGAUGAUGUAUGUCUGUCUUUUGACAACAAUUUGAAUUAGGGUUAAUGCUACUGUGACAAGUGUUUCAUCAGUGUAGUAUUUUGCUUUCUAAAUGUGACUUUGGCACAACUCUUUACGAUAAUAUAUGCCUG